UAGCAGUCGGGGGCAUCGAGCGAAUGGAUGGAUGGAGAUGGAUAUUUUGGGUACGCCGAGGAGGUGACAAUAUCCCCUUGAAAGGGUCCAUAUUCUCAUUAGCAUGGUGUUUACUUGGCUAUCUGUCUCUUUUGCGUAUCUACGAGGGGCGUUGGCCUUUCAGGAACCUUUUCUGGGCCGCGGGUUGCUUAUAUUCUAUCAUUCUCAUGGGAUGACUUGGUCGCCGAGUCGACCGCUGACCGCUACUUUUGAUGUCGAGUCAGAUAGAAGGUCAAUCUCGUUGCAUCCGGUCUAUCUAUUGAUUUACGUCUUUUCUAUGCCCAGGCUGUUGGGAUGCUGUCAUCCGGUGGGUUCUCCAACCCCCUUAUGGAGAAGCGGAGUAUACUAAGAGUUGGGUGGCUGGUAUGGAAUCUGUCCGAAUUGACUAAAUGGAUCGUAUUGCAUAUGAGCCUCUUUAGAUUUGUUGAUCUGCCGUUGGUUAGGUGGGUUCAUAAAGGGCGUUUUCCAAUAAAAAAAAUCUAAAUCUCCC